AGACUCCCCAUUCUCGUGCCCUAGCCGUUCGUUACUCCUUUCCAGCCGCAACCUGCUAAAAACAGCCUAAAUUUCUGCUCAAAACCCCAAUUAUUUCUUACAUUUUUCACCAAAUCCAGCUCAACACACCUGAGACUUCAAUUUUUUCUUAGGUAAUUUGUUUGUAAAUUUGAAAAUAUAUGAAUGGGGUUUCCGUUCCUUCGGUGGUUGUCGGUGCGGUGAUGGAAGCGGAGGAAGGGGUUUGGUUUGUCUAAGAGUUUGAGCUUAUGGGAUCAGAAAGUUUCAGCGGCGGUGUUCGAGCUGGGGCCUCGGCGGAGGAAGCUGAGGUUCAGAAAUUGGAUGGUGUUUCUUCUGCUGGUGGAAUUAAGCGCCCUUUUGAUAAGUGGACCUCCAUGGCCAGCCGAAAAGAUGAGAGUUGUGCUGUUAAUUCUUCUGCAAUUGCUUCUUGGAACAAUGUUACAGAGAAUGAACUUAAUAGGAAUGUUGGUCAACAGUCAAGCCUCAGGGGCAAGGAAGCUUUCGAAGGUCACAACUUCGGUAGCACAGAUGCUAAUCUUGCAAGGACAGCUGGGGUAGAGGCUAGAUUAAUGCUUAAACCUCGGAAAAUGGGAAGGAAUACCUCUGGUAGUUCUAAGGGUUUGAGGAUGUUACAAGUGGAUGGUUCUAUAAGUAAAACUGGUGAAGAUGAUGCAAGAAGUGUUUCUAUUGAGCUUUCAUCAAAUCUGGCAAGUUGCAAUAAUGGAGAGAGAACUCAGAUGUCUAAGCAAAGGAUCAACUCAAGUGGCAAGCGAGGGGACAAACGAAAUGGAAAAGUCCCUAAGGGUAAUUUCUCUCUAAAGAAUGGCUUGAUUAGCUUCUCUUCAGCAGCUGGAGGACACAACUUUCUUGGACUUUAUGGUUUGAAAUCUGACGCCUUGGAUGUUGCUGAAACUGUGGAGGACAUACCUUUGAAUGAGCUCCUUGAUGGCAGUUAUAAGAGUCCUCUUUUCACCAAAGACAAGGAAAAGAAGACCUUGAACUCAAAUGAAAGUCUUCUGCAUGUGAUUCGAAAUGCUUGCUCUCUACUUCAGAGGCCUGUACAGGCUAGGAGUUGCUCAGAUGAUGAUGAUAAGAUUACUGAACCCAAGCAUACUGGGUCUUCUUCAGCAAUUGAAACUGAUGGUAGUAAAGGAGAUGCCAGCGCUUCAAAUGUAUCUUCCGAUGAUAAGGAAACUGGCGGUGAGCUUAAAACAGCUGAGACAAGUGAUGAUCCUCCGCUAUACAAACCCAUGGAUAUUUUGAAACGCAUUGCACUUCCUCCAUCAAAGGAUUUGGAUGCUUUGCUUCUUGAUGCAACCAAGCCUGCAUCUUCAAGAAACACCCCUGAUCCUCGUUUGGGCAAGCCAGCUUCUCAGCGAACUGGAUUGGUACCUUUUCCUUGGUCACAUGGGUUUUCUGGGAACCACAAAUCUGGGCCUGAUGCUGCUAAACUAUCUACAAGUAGGACAACUUGCCAAGCUAAAUGGGCAAGGAUGAAAAACACCUCUACUCCUCAAGAAGGGUGCCCUAGUUUUGCGGUGGACUUGCAAUCUCUCACUUAUGAUCAUAGUCUAGUUCCAUCAGGAAGUCAACCGUCUGGGCAUCCAGAAAGUGGAAACCAGAUCCUACAUUCUUCUGGAGGUCAAAAUAUGGGGCCUACAGAAAGUGGAAAUCAGAGUCUAGUUCCUUCAGGAGGUCAAGAAUCUUGCCCUUCGGAUAAAGGAAAUGCCCCACUGAUCCCAGAUAGCUCCACUUCCUGUAAAAGAGUUUUUUCAUCACUUGCAGCUUGUUCUACUUCCCAAGUUUCUUCAGAUGAACCGUCUCCAAGGUGUUUGACUGCUGCACGGACACUCUGUGAAAUUGCAAGUCAAUCAGUCAAGCACAACACAAACGGAGCCGCGAAAUGUAUAAAGAAACCUACUCAGAAGUCCUCGAGAGCUCCAAAGCUGAAGUUGAAUGAGAAAUCUGAAAAACCAUUUGCAGCACCAAAAGUUAUGGGAUCGGACAAUAUGAUCAGAGUUUCUGAUGGCACAUUUCCCUCAAAAAAGCCUAAGCUAUCAUUGGGCACAGAGAGAAAUGGAAUCGUUCCUAGAAACUUUGAUAGAAAGGGACCACCGCAUUGGUCAGCUCCACGAUCAGUUAGAUCGUCUCCUAGCAAAUUCUUUAAAGACGCAACUGCAGAAACUAAAGGUCACAAUAGCAGCUUUGUAGAUAAACUUUAUAUGAUGCCCCCACCUGCAAGGGUGAAGGACAAGGGUUCUAGCAGUCAACAAAAACCGAGGAAGGUUUUAUCAGGGGAGUGGAACCAUUCAAGUAGCAAGAUGGAGUGAAGACACAGAAGGGUACAUCUAGUUUGUUGUUGCACAAGUGAUUUGUUCAGUUUAACUUUUAGAUCACCAAAACUGUUAGGGUUCUGUAUAUUCUGUUGUGUGAAGGGGGAAGUUGGUAGCUUUCUUGAUUUCAGGAAUUCAGGGGAACAGGCCUGUUGUAUCAAUAUUUGUUAACUGGUGUCAGAUCAGAAUAGAAAUUUCCUGCACUAGAGAAAAAAUUGUAUUCCCAUAUUCCCUCUUCCCUGUCA